AUGAAAUCUUCCUUGUUCCUCGUGGCCGCUAGCGCCGCGGUGGCUGUCGCUGGCCCUCUGAAAGCGCGUGCUUUGGAGACUGUAGUGUCUACCAUACACUGCACCAAGACUGUCACCGUGGGCGACCCUGGGCCUACCCAACCCCCCAUUUUUCUCGAAAACAAAGUAGUAGUUUCUACUUCCCUGGACGCACUGGACCGACAACAAGGCGGUGCGAAUCAGAACCACUAUCCGCAGCCUGUGCCUCAACCUCAACCUCAGCCUGAUCCUCAACCUCGGCCUGAGCCUCAACCUCAGCCUGAUCCUCAACCUCAGCCUAAGCCUGUGCCUCAACCUCAGCCUAAGCCUGUGCCUCAACCUCAACCUCAGCCUGAGCCUGUGCCUGUGCCUCAGCCCGAGUCUGAUCCUAAUCCACCUGUCGGAGACGCAAACUCUUACCAAAAUCAAAUGCUAAGGAUACACAACGAGAAACGUGCACUACACCGCAAUACUCCCCCAAUGAAAUCGGAUCCGAAGCUUGCUCAAGGCGCUUACAAAGUUGCUCAAUCAUGCGUGAUGGAGCAUAAUAUAAAAAGGGACGUCGACGGCGGUGGCUACGGCCAGAAUCUUGCAGCCGCCACCACCACCUUAGAGGUUGAUCGAAUCUCAGGCGCGGAUAAACCAACUGAGUUUGGCGUCACAGCGGUUAAGGAAUGUUGUUUGGGUAGAGUCGGUAUCACUUGGUUGCGCCUCUACGAUAUGCCCAGCAGGCACGAUCUAUCCCCAGGAAUCAAUCUUCACCGUCUGUCAUUACCGGAAGCCUGGCAACGUUCUCACAAGGAUGGCCGAGAACGUUUUACCGCUCAUCACAGCAAGCUGAGGCCAGCACUAUGA